AUGGCAUCACAUGCUCCUCUACUAAGAACAAACACGGCUCCCGUCUUUCAGCAUUCGACUGACGGUGUAGCGAGGCUAGCCAACAUGAGCAUGAGCAGCACGCCAAGGGCAAGCCAGGUCUCCGGUUCCACGGUCUACGCAUCCAAUACUAGCCUCACCUCCCUCUCGAAUGCGAGCACCAUCAUCUCUCCGCCCCCAGGAGGUCAGGUCGUUGCUACCAACAAUAUCAUCAACCAGAAGGCAGAUGCAUCCCGCUCGCUAUACCAAAUAUGUGUCGCUCUGAAGCAGCGACUGCGCCUCGUCCCUGGCUUCGAGGGCUACUUGGCCCAGCUUGAAGAGAGUGAACAGCAGGUUGGAGACGCCGGUGGACCUGUCCAAGGGCUGUGGGACCUGUUGAAGGCUGGACUGCCGCUGCUGGCCAUCUACAAUGCGUGCGACCCCGAUGACCGCCUCGAUGUCGCCAACGUACCAAAUAAAGAAAAGCGCGCAAAGAUGGCGAUCGGCAAAUUCGUGCAAGGAUGCUCACAGCAACUGAAGAUACCAUCUCAGGAUAUGUUCAUCAUCUCGGAUCUGCUCGGCAGUGACACCACGGGAUUUGUCAAGGUAACGAUCGUCAUCAACUAUGUGCUUGAUAUUGCACAACAGAGAGGUCUCUUGAAGCAGCCGCAGGCUCCUUCUCCCGAGGAAGGCCUGUCGUCAGCUAAUGGAGAUUCGCAAAUGAGCUAUCGCGACCGCAUCAUUCGCGAGCUCGUCGACACCGAGCGAAAAUAUGUUCAGGACCUGGAGAACUUACACGACCUCAAGAAGACUCUGGAACAGAGGGGGGCUAUCAACGGCGAUAUUGCGCAUCAAAUCUUCUUGAACAUCAACGGCAUCCUAGAUCUCCAGCGCCGAUUUCUUAUUCGGGUUGAGACGACAAAUAAUAUGCCCGAGAACAGACAGGACUGGGGUAACCCUUUCAUUGGCUUCGAAGAGCAGUUCACCAACACUUACCAGCCCUUCAUUGCCAAUCAGCGCAAGGCCGCGCAGAUGGCAAGCCAAAACUUUGACAAGAUUCAGACCGUAGAACAUCCCGUGGCUUGUGACUAUAACACCCUGGAUGGCUUCUUGCUGAAGCCUAUGCAGAGACUGGUCAAGUAUCCUCUGCUGCUCAAGGACCUCCUCAAGAAGAGUGAUGACGAGAAUACCAAGAGGGAUCUGGCUGCCGGAAUCGAAGCUGCAGAGCGUGUUCUGAAGAAGGCAAACGAAGCUGUGGAUAGGGAUCUUCUGGAUGAGGCACUGGACGAUCUGGUGGCUCGGGUUGACGACUGGAAGAACCACCGCGUCGCCCACUUCGGACAACUUCUCCUCCAUGGUGUCUACACCGUCAUCACCGGCAAGACGGAACAAGAACGGGACUACGAGAUCUACCUGUUCGAGUACAUACUGCUGUGCUGCAAGGAACUUACGCCCAACAAGAGCAAGGACAAGAAGGACAAGACGCGGUCGACUGGCCCCAAGAUGAGGAACAAGAACGCCAAGCUCCAGCUCAAGGGAAGGAUCUUUAUGACGAACGUUACCGAGGUGUUGAGCUUCUCUAAACCAGGUUCGUAUACGGUGCAGAUAUGGUGGAAGGGCGAUCCGGGCGUUGAGAACUUCGUCAUCAAGUUCCAGAACGAGGAGAUGAUGAAGAAAUGGGCGAACCACUUGGACACUCAACGCAAGGAUAACGCACCGCAGAGCGCCACGACGCCUGAUCAGCCAACGGCAAACUUCAGGUGGAUGGAAGCGCAGCCCGACAUGGUGAACCCAUACGCAGAGCACGAUGAGGAUGAAGAAGAGUACACACCCCCUCAGAACUCGUAUGCUGCCAUGCCGGGUACGAUGCCGAGAAACAGCUCGAGCUCAAGUCUGCGACAGAGAUCCAUAGGAGGGGAGAGUACUCAAUCUCUGGCAGGCAUGGUCCGCCGGCAGCCCCCUACCAGUUUCCCGAUGCCGCAACAGACGCAGCCCCUGUCAUUACAGACAGCAGACCAACCAUCCCCUGGAACACGCGUUGCGGAUUCGUAUUUCUCUCCGGUAGGCGAAUCGCCUGCCUCAUCGAGGACCAGCACGACAUCCAACUUCUUUGGUCAGAACGCUGGCUACGUUCUGCCUAACGGCGGAUAUCCGCCAUCUGGGUGGGCUGAGGACAACAACCGGUACACGGCACCGGCGAUGCCUCGUGCGCCCUCGCGUGAUGGACCAUCCCCAGUGAACGCAUUCGGAAUGGUGAAUGGGCAGCGCAACCCCCGUGGGCCGUCAUUGCCAGCAAUGUCUUCGUUGCAAUCAAUCGCUCAGCAACAACGAAGUAGGUCCUAUUCAACUCCUGAUAUCAAUGGGCAGCCGCAGCCACAACAGCAACCCGUGAGGAGAACCGAACGAGGCGGCAGUCAAGGCGUUCCUGCUGUGCCAGGCAUUCCCGCGCAUCUGCAAUCAACAUAUGAUGGCGGCAUUCCGAGGGGUCCAACCGGCAGUCCCAGGCACGAUCUUCCAAUUCGCACUAACACCCAGAGUCCAGGCGUCCAGCGGGAUCGCCAAGGCUACGGUGGCCAGAUGGGCCAGUUCCCUUCCCAGCCUAUCAACCGCCAGCACACUCCUGUCUCCAACGGCCAGCAGGGCAUGGUGCCGGCACCGCUCAAUAUCGACCAGUCGAGGGCAGUCCCGGCGGGCUUGAACACAGCCGGCGCCCUCCAGACGCCUAACCCUCUUGCGAGCCCCAACGAUCCUCCAUUCCAGCACUCGCAGCUGAAGGUCAAGGUGAAUUGCGACAGUGGCAACUACGUGACGUUGGUCGCAGCCUUCAACAUCUCCUACCAAAGCCUCACGGAUCGCAUCGACACCAAGCUGCAGCGCUUCACCAACUCCCGCAUCGCUAAUGGCAAUCUGGUGCUGCGCUACCGCGAUGAGGACGGCGACUUCGUGAAGAUUGAGAGUGACGAGGAUAUCCAAAUCGCAUUCUCGGACUGGCGCGAAAACAUGCGAAGCAUGUACAGCGGCGGCAUGGGAGAGAUAGAGCUCUUCUGCGUGGGUGACACCGCUUAGUCGGACGGUGACGCGACCGUUGAAUCCAUGCCACCGUUAUCGCCUCCAUCGACUGUGUCUCACAACGCUCCAUAGUGGGAGCCCAAAAUUCCGAAGUCUUGUCACUCAUCCCAGCCGUCUUGUUCACCUUCGAGCAAGAGGCCGGCUUGGCGGGCCACUGAUGGCAUCGACAACACAAGUCUCAGGCCAGUCGUGGCUCUCCAGUCUACCACUAGACGACAGUCUCCGCCAUCGAUGUGGCAUCUAGGUUCUCAGCGGCAAUCUACAUUCAACUCAAUGUCCAACGCGGAAGCACUGCCGACGCUACCGUCAAUAUCGAGGAACAUUCCUCUUCGAAGGCGCGGUUGUCGUCACCCUGGCUGGUGGCGCUGAGCGACGCAUUUCUUUCAAGGUUGUAUCAAGAGGCUUCUCUCGUGUUCGAAGAGGCCGCAACUCAAACAUAUAUACCCAGUUUCUUUCUCUCUUCUUAGCAUUCAAAGGGCGCAUAGGAUUCAGGAUGGUC